GCCCCGCUGCAAAGCAGGGCAACGGAAGCUGCGCUGCGCUGAGCAUCGCGGAGGCUUCCGGUCACUGACAUCUGACCCCUCCCUCCUGCCGUCCCAGCCAGACAGGGCGCGGGGACCAUGGGUCCCUGGACCUCCAGGGCCCGGGUCCCCAAGCCGGAGCCCGACCCCCAGGAGACGCUGGACCUGAGCUGUCUGCCCCCGGAGCUGCUCCUGGUGGUGCUGAGCCACGUGCCCCCGCGUUCGCUGCUGCUGCACUGCCGCCGGGUGUGCCGCGCCUGGCGCGCCCUGGUGGACGGCCAGGCCCUGUGGCUGCUGAUGCUGGCCCGGGACCGCAGCGCUGCCGGCCGCGCCCUGCUGACACUAGCCCGCCGCUGCCUGCCCCCGGCCCGCGAAGACGUGCCCUGCCCGCUGGGCCAAUUCUGUGCGCGAAGACCCUUAGGACGCAACCUCAUCAGCAACCCCUGCGGCCAAGAAGGCCUGCGCAAGUGGAUGGUGCAGCAUGGUGGAGAUGGCUGGGUGGUAGAGGACAACAUGAAAGCCGUGCCGGGGGCCCCCUCACAGACCUGCUUCGUGACUUCCUUCAGCUGGUGCCGCAAGAAGCAGGUGGUGGACUUGGAGGAGAAAGGCCUGUGGCCAGAGCUGCUGGACAGCGGUGGUGUGCAGAUUGCCGUCUCUGACUGGUGGGGAGCUCGACACGACAGUGGCUGUAAGUACCGCCUCCUUGUCAAACUUCUUGAUGCCCACCAGAACGUCCUUGAUAAGUUCUCGGCUGUGCCCGACCCCAUUGAACAAUGGAACAACAAUAUCUACCUGCAGGUCACCCACGUGUUCUCCAAUAUUGGGAGGGGCGUCCGCUUCGUGUCUUUUGAACACUGGGGCCAGGACACACAGUUCUGGGCUGGCCAUUACGGGGCCAGAGUGACCAACUCCAGCGUGAUCGUGCAAGUCUGUCAGUCCUAGGUGAAGGCCACCAGCUUUUGGUGAGAGCCUGACUGUGCCUUCCAGGAGCUGGGGCUGUUGGCUGGAAUCCUUCAUGAAUCAAGCGCCAUGUAACUCUAGGAUCCAGUGGAGGGGCCUGCUUGGCCUUGUUCAGAGUCUUAAACACUGGAGUCCUCCGCCAGAUCUUCCCAUCUGCUCCUUGGGUAGAGCGAGGGUGCCGGGUGCCGGGUGCCGGGGUGCAUGCUCGUCUGUCACAGGGAAGUCAUAAGCUGCCUGUUUCAGUUUAUCUCUCACUGCCCUUUCCUCAGUCUUGUUCCCCCACCCUUUUCUGAGACAGGAUCUCAAGUAUCCCAGCUGGCCAAAAACUAAGGAUAGCUUUAGCCUCCUGCCUCCGCUACCCGCGUGCUGGGAUUACAGGCACGCACCAACACCAGGUUUGCGCGGAGCUGGGGAUGAGCCCAGGGCUCAGGACAAGUCGGGCACACUACCAACUAAGCUGCGUUCCCAGCAUUGCCUUCUUGUCACCUGGCUUCAGGGACUGCCUUUGUCCCUUCACCGAACCUCUCCACUCACGCUUGAACUUACGGCUAGCAAAAUUCCAGCUCCCGUGUGAAGCCAAGCUCACAUGGCUACACCCAGGUCUCCUCGUUGAAGGGUGUGAUCUGCCCACAGAAUGUCUCUAAACAAUGAGGCAGUGCCUAGAGCCCCGGCCCUGACCCUCAGGGACUUCUGUAAUUGUGUAAUAUUUAAAGUUAUUUAUCAUUUUCUCAAACAGGGAGAGAAUAAUAAUAUACUGGCAAUAUCUGUCUGCCAGUUGCACUGUAAUAAAUCGAUUAUUUUGCCUAAACUG